CCCUCGAACUCCUGCCUCCAGACCGAUUGACCGGCGCCGCCGACUGCCACCCGGCCCCGCCAGAACAUCGCCGGCCGACCACCCGACCCGCCAGGGCCAGGCAGUGCCGCCACCCGCUCGUGCCGCGCUCGGGCGUCGCCCGGCGCUCACCACUGACCGCCCCACCGGACUAUCGCUCGGCACCGGCGCAGCUACGCGGGGCGGAUCCAGCCACCGGACCAGGAGCAAGACUGGAGGAGGCCCCGCGCGCUCCAUCCCCAAUUCCCCGUCCAGUGGCCCAGUGCUGAGUGCUCGAGUUGUUUUGGUUUCUUCGUUUAGAGGAUGGCAAUGGCCACAUCAUCAUCGUAUCCUCCACCUCCUCCAUUUUACCGAUUGUACAAGAAUUUUGAGCAAGAUGCCUCAUCCGCACCAGAACCACCACCACCAAUUGAUGGACCAUUCAAAGCCUUGGGUGUUGAUUACACAGGAGAUGUUGUGAUUCCAAGCUUGGAGAGUCAUAAUGUUCGUCAGCUUUAUCCAAAGGGCCCCAAUAUUGACUUCAAAAAGGAGCUAAGGACCCUCAACAGAGAGCUUCAAUUGCAUAUUUUGGAGCUGGCAGAUAUUUUAGUUGAGAGACCAUCUCAAUAUGCUCGUAGGGUAGAAGAUAUUACACUCAUAUUCAAGAACUUACAUCAUCUUCUCAAUUCCCUACGACCUCAUCAGGCAAGGGCCACAUUGAUUCACAUGCUUGAGAGCCAAAUUCAGCACCGCAAGCAAGCAAUUGAAGAUAUAAAGCAGAGGAGAGAGGAAGCACAAAAACUGCUUGGGGAAUCACUGCAUAUCUUGGAUGGAAGCCAAACUAAUUAAGCUGACGACAAGUUAGCUGGUUCAAGACCGAUUCUUCUAUUAGUCUAUUAGUGAAGAGAGUGUUAGUAGAGACAACGUAGAGAUGGUGUUGAGAUAUGUCUGGAUUGUUGUGGUAUUAUCUGUUGUGGCUCAUGGUAUUUCCAGCUUUGAUAACUGAAUUCCUUACUUCCAAGGUCGCUGUUAGCAAACUCCGGCUACUUAAUGUUCAACUGUGAUUUCCACGUAAAUGGUUCGUACCUUUUCUCA